UUAAAAGACAGCUGUAGAAGAAAAAGACGCCAAACAAGGCGAAAGUGUUAACCAAGUCUAUGGUUUUAUCUGUUAGUUGAGAAAAUCGCUCUAAAGUGUUUUGUUUUACAAUUAAAAGUGACACUAGUUACUCACUUUUAACCGGGCUUUUGUUAAAGUCUGGUUUCAUUGCAGCCCGGGGCGGUUUCGCCCAUAACAACCUCCACUUCUGUCAAUGGCGAGCCGCGACGGAGGAGCAACCAGGCCCAACAGCGCUACGGCAGCAGCUAACAAAGAUUUCCAGUUCAAGCUGGUGCUGCUGGGGGAGUCGGCGGUGGGCAAGUCGAGUUUGGUGCUGCGCUUUGUUAAAGGCCUGUUCCACGAAUACCAGGAAAGUACCAUCGGAGCUGCCUACCAGAAUAAGACCGUCAGCUUGGAUGACGUCACGGUCAAGUUUGACAUCUGGGACACGGCGGGUCAAGAGCGCUACCACAGCUUGGCCCCCAUGUAUUACAGAGGAGCGCAGGCGGCCAUCAUUGUCUAUGACAUCACCAAUGUGGAGACGUUUGCACGUGCUCAGAAUUGGGUGAAGGAGCUGCAGAGACAAGCCAACUCCAAGAUCGUGAUGGCUUUGGCUGGCAACAAGGCAGACAUGGCGGACAAGAGAGCGGUGGAGCAUCAGGAGGCGCAAGCAUACGCUGACAAAAAUGGCCUCCUCUUCAUGGAGACCUCCGCCAAGACUGGCCUUUAUAUCGACGACCUAUUUAUGGCCAUUGCCAGCAAGCUACCAAAGAAUGACCCUGAGGGAGGUCGCACCAGGGCUGGAGUGGAUCUGCACGAGACCAAUCGGAACCGCAGCAGCAAGUGUUGUAACACUCUUGUGUGCGGAAGCAACAGCGGCAGCAAUUAGAAACAGCGAUAAGCGUGCGAGACAAUAGCUAUGUGGACAACAUGUCGCUAAAAGACAGAAUGGUGGCAGGGCUGGACAGGCAGAGCCCAUACACCCGAAAACUAGAUUAUAUACUGCAUAGUAAUGUGUGUAGUAUCAUCCAUUUUAUUUUCACAUUCUUGUCUAAAUUUACAUGAGAAACAAUGGUGUUUUUUUUUUUUAAGUGCUGGCAAACAAUAACAAGUAGACCCAAAUUAUAUUAAAAACAACAUGACAAAAUAACUACAAGAUAAGUAUAAUUUAAAAAAUUAUACCAGAAAUUGUUAGUCUAAACAGGGGUGUCAAACGUACGGCCCGCAAGCCUGAACAGGUUUUAUCCGGCCCGCGGGAUGAGUUUGCCAAGUAUAAAAAUUAGCCGAAAUUUUUGAAUGAUAGAAACUGCUGUUCUAAAUGUGUCCACUAGAUGUCGCAAUAGCCAUUCUUUGUAUCUUUGUAGAUGAUGCUACAUAUGUAAAAAAAUAAAAUAAACCACAUGUUAGAGCACCAGUCGAGAAAAAUUAGCAAACUACAUAAACAACAUCCUGUAAUUUGAUUUUCAUAUUAUUUUUUUAUCUUGAUAGAUUGAAAAUUAACACCAAUGAGUUGACUGAUGAACAUUAUCACAUCAUUUAUUCAGAAAGUAUAAAUAACAACAAAUAAAUAUAAAAUACUAUUAACCGCAACAUGUAAGUGUAAAAACAACAACAACAACAACAAUAUGUGCUUGUUUUAUUUUUAAACAAAGAAAACAAUCUGAAGUUAUCUUAAUAUUUGAGUUAUCGUGCCGUAAUUUUACCAGUCUGGCCCACUUGGGUGUAGAUUUUUCUCCAUGUGGCCCCCCAACUAAAUUGAGUUUGACAUCUCUGGUCUUAAAGAAGGUUAAGAUAACAAAUGUUUUUAUUCAUUUAUGUUUUUUUUAGGAACUCCUGUGUCUAAUAUUGCUAAUUAGUAGAUGAAAAUAUAGUGUAAUAUUGACUGCUGAACUUCCAUCCAACCAUCCUUUUUCUACCGCUUGUCCCUUUCGUGACGCGGGGUGCUGGAGCCUAUCAA